ACGUCAGACCGGAUGUUUCGGUGGAGCCUGUGGUGUGCUAACGGCUAACAGCUAGUUAACAGUGAUAAACUAACUACGCGCGCUGGUUAAAAGCAACAGACAGACCUCAGGUGAGGAGGACUCCGGGCACCCCUGUCUCUCAUGUUGGUGCUCACCUGAAGAAGCUUCUGGAAGCUGCUCGUGCACGCGCACAGUCUCCAUGGCUACGGAGGAGUUCUACGAGACUGACUCCAUGAUGCUGGGAUCUGGUCUCUGUGGGGUCCAGACCAUCUGCUGCAGGACUCCUGGUUCUUCUGGUCUCUGAGGACAGUUCUCUCUGACUCUGUGUCUGGACUCGUUGUCCUGCUGCUGGUUGAAUCUGGACCAAUCAGACGCCUCCUGAUGUUGAUGACGAUGAUGAUGAUGAUGAUGAUGAUGAGGAAGAUGAUGAUGAUGAUGAUGAAAAAUCUGAUCUCAACGAUUGAUUUUCUUUGUAAAAUUGAUAAAUGUGGAGAGGAUCGUGGACAAGAGGAAGAACAGGAAGGGGAAGGUGGAGUACCUGGUCAGGUGGAGAGGUUAUGGUUCAGAGGAGGACACCUGGGAACCUGAGAGUCACCUGUCCACCUGUAUGAUCUACGUCCAUGAGUUUAACCGUCAGUACAUGGAGCGACAGAGAGACAGUACGUUACUGCGCUCCACCCGCAGCUCGCCCAGCCUCAACUGCAGCUCUGGCCACAGGCCGCCCUGCAGGCCGCCGCCUGUCUCUGCAGCUCGCGGUGACAUAAGCGCAGGUUUAACUGGAGACUGUACCCAGGGGAAACCUCUGGUCAGUCCGGCUCCCCUGCCCCUCGUGGGACUGACCCGCCCGCACUCCGUCGGCUCUCCGCUGCCCCUGCCGGCCAACAGGUUCGGUCUGAUGUCGGUGGCUCCGGCUGGCUCUGCCCGCCGCAGCGUGGACCUGUCCAAGACCGGCAUCAAGAUCCUGGUUCCUAAGAGUCCGAUGAACAGCCGCCUGGACUCAGAGGAGUCUCCCAGCGAGGCGGCUCACAGUCUGGAGGCCGGAGCUCAGGAAGCUCACCUGGUCCCACCUGAGGUAGCCCUGCUGGAGAAACCUGCAGGAGUCCAGCUGGGUCCCGGAGAGGAGAGGGCCCGCAUGGGGACCAGACCACGCAGCCAGAACCCUCUGCCCCCACCCCGAGUUCCCAUCACACCUGCUGCCAUGCGCUCCCUCAGUGGCACAGGUAACUCUGCGUUAAUGGAGGCGGUCGCUGCCAACGGGAUGUCAGGCGUGCAGAGCGCUGUUGCUGGGGCAACGAGUGCUACGGGAAAACGACGUCUGGAGGAGCGUUCUGCGUUUGACAAACGUCUGAGGUUCAGUGUUCGACAGACGGAGAGCGCUUACCGUUACCGUGACAUUGUGGUGAAGAAACAAGACGGCUUCACCCACAUUCUGCUGUCCACCAAGAGCUCCGAGAACAACACACUCAACCCUGAGGUCAUGAAGGAGAUCCAGAGCGCCAUGGCGACAGCAGCAUCAGACGAUAGUAAACUGGUGUUACUUGGUGCUGUUGGCAGUGUUUUCUGCUGCGGCCUCGACUUCCUGUAUUUCAUCAGACGCCUUACGGAUGACAGGAAGAAAGAGAGUAUCAAGAUGGCCGAAACCAUCAGGACUUUUGUCAACACCUUCAUCCAAUUCAGGAAGCCAAUUGUGGCAGCAGUGAAUGGGCCGGCGCUUGGCCUCGGUGCGGCCAUCCUGCCGCUGUGUGACGUGGUGUGGGCCAAUGAGAAGGCCUGGUUCCAGACACCAUACACAUCCUAUGGCCAGACGCCAGAUGGCUGCUCAUCCUUCACCUUCCCCCGCAUAAUGGGCCUCGCCUCGGCCAACGAGCUGCUGCUGAGCGGCAGGAAGCUGACGGCUCAGGAGGCUUGCUGUAAAGGUCUGGUGUCUCAGGUUCUGUGGCCUGGAACCUUCACACAGGAAGUGAUGCUGCGGAUCAAAGAGCUGGUGACGGUCGACUCCCUGGUUCUGCGGGAGUCCAAAGCCCUGAUGAGGAACAGCAGCCGCAGUGCUCUGGAGCAAGCUAACGAGCGCGAGUGCGAAGCCCUGAAGAGAGUCUGGGGUUCAUCACAGGGAACAGACUCCAUCCUGCAGUACCUCCAGAGAGGAACUGACCUCUGCUAAAUCCUGAACUGGGACCUGGACCAGGACCAGGACUGGUCCGAUGAUUCAGCACUUCUGAGAUGGAACCAGUGACUCAGCAGAUUCCGAGUUUAACAGAAUCCUUUUGUUGUUAAAAUUUAAGUUAUAAUUUCAGCAGAACAUUCCUCCUGUUCUCAGGUUCAGCUUUAUCUUUGUGCUAAGCUAGGCUAGCAGUUUCCCCCUGCUUCCAGUCUUUGUGCUAAGCUAGGCUAAACCCAUCAAGGACCCACUAGCUUAGUACAAAGACUGGACGCAGGGGGAAACUGUUGGCCUAGCUAGUUUUCUACAUCAAAAACACAGUGAAGAAGAACACCAGAAGAUCCACAGUAGAACCCUGUGUAACCUCACAGGACUGGGGGGCUAACAGGUUCCCCCUGUUUCCAGUGUUUGUGCUAAGCUAGGCUAACUGGCCCUGCAUGCUGACACAGAUGAAUCUGAAACCUCAGACUGGACAGAGAACAGGAGGAUUUAGAUUAAAUGUUCGUUUGAAUGGAGGUGACCUCUGACCUUUUCCCAGAAUUACCUCUGAUGGAAUAAAAGAGCAGAAACAUGAAAUUUACUAACGCUUACCUUGAAGUUUCCUGUGGUGGACUUGUUUUUUUUAAUCAAAGGAAAUCAGCUGACCCUAAGUCUGUCCUCACAUGUUAAAGACUCAUCAUGUUUCUGCAGCAUGUGACAGUGAUGAAUCAUGGGUAUAUACCUGUCAGGUAAUGCUGCAGUGUGUGGGUUUGGCCUGUCAGUCAUGUGAUUAUAUGUCCAGGUGAUAUCUCACAGGUUAAACACAUUCUGUCAGUGCAUCCUGCAGUUCACCUGUGUGCUCACACAAAUAAUUUUAAAAGGUAAAUCCUACAGCCAGCAGCUGUUUAGGUUAGGUUAGCUUAGCAUAACGCCUGGAAACAACUAGCCUAGCUCUGGCCACCUCCCAGUUCCUCUGAAAAUCAGUGAUAAAGCCUAAAUCUGAAGCCCGUUCAUUCUAAGCUAAUGGAAGUGGUGCUGUACUGUUAACAUUGUUUUAACUCUAACCUGACCAGCUGUGAUGACACACCUGUCUGGAGUCUGAACCUGAGAAUAUGAGGGCAGUGAGGAGGAAACAGACUCAUUGUGUUGAGUUUUGUUGAACUAAGCUAGCUGUUCCCAGGCUAAGCGGCUGCUGGCUGUAACUGACUGCGGGACCCAGUUGCAGAUUUUUCUGUGGACUCUCAGUGAACAGGUUCAGUCUCAGAUUGUUUAAACCCAGAGCAACUGUUGACACUGCUGUAACAGUCAACAAGAGGAACUUUAUUAAAGAACUUUUCUAAAUCAUUUGACAGACUUCCUUUUGAUAUAAAACAAGACAGAGACACCAGACAGAACCAGUCAAUAAAAACCUGUUCAGUGUGAAAGUCUCUGACAGAGAUGAUGUGGUCUUAUUUUGUGAGAAUGUUUAAGUGAACUUAAACAGGACGAAUAGAUAUGAACUCUGUAAAAACAUAACCAAGUAAAUGAUACAGAUCCUGA